AUGAAGAUUUUACCGAAACAGCAAGGGGUAAGGUACCCAGAGUUGAAGCCCAAGACUAGACCUAGGGAUGGUGGUUUAGGCAGUCGGGAGGGGCGUGGGGAUGGGACGAAUGGGAUUACUGUGUCUAUGAAGUGGACGCUGCCUCCCAAAAUGAAACCUGGGCGGAAGCCGGGCAAUACGGCGGUGGAGGAGCCAAGGGAAGAGGAGGAAAAGAAGAAUAGGUCGUUGGAUUUGGUGACGGGGCUUGGUGACGAGGUGGAUACGGGUGCACGUCGCAAGCGGCAAAACCGGGAGGCCCAGCGAGCUUAUCGUGAACGGAAAGCCAAUAGGAUUCUAGAGUUGGAACGGUUGAUGGUUGAUUGGGAGUUUAAAUGUGAGCGUUUGAAGGAUGAGUUAGGGUAUAGGAAGGCAAAAAAUGCUGAGUUGGAGAAGAAAUAUGAGGAGACGGUAGGUAAGUUAGAGAACGAGAAUAAAAUGCUACGAAUGCGGAUCGACAGGCUGCAGCGGGAUAUGGAGGAAGUUCAGCAACAGGGUUAUAUUGUUUUGAAUGAAUACAUGCUUUACCCUGUUGACGAGAAGGUGAUGAUGAAUAGCGUGAAUAAUGUCUCACCCGUAUUUGAAGACCGAAUGUUGCAGGAGACAAUCGAGCAAUUCAAGCCAAUGAAGGCAGUUCCGUUGAAGAGGCGAAUGUUCAAGAGGCCAUCUUCGCCGGCGUUGCUUGGUUUGCCAGUUUUCAAGAAGCCAAAAGCACAGGCAACUUUAGAAUUUCCGCAGCUUGGAUCUACUUUGGCAUCAUCGUUGCGUCCGUCCUCACUCACAAUAGGUAACGAAGAAGCAUUGGGGGCUAACUCGAUGGAGGGGAUGGCAGAUUUUUCUGUAGGAUGUGGGUUUUGUUCAGAUGGCUCGAUGUGUGUUUGUCGCGAAGUGGGAACAUUGUCAACUGUUCAAUUGCAGAGCAAUCCUCUGUGUUCGAAAGAGUCUGGACCUUGCAGUAGUUGUCCAAAAAAUCAGAGCCAAUGUUUGCAAGAUAGCAAUUCACCUUCUCUAAGUUUGGAGCGAGAUAGUCCUACUACUAAGAGCGAAGAAAAAUUUGUACCGGGGUCUUGUGAACAGUGCCAGAAGGAUCCAUCUAGUAAGAAGUUCUGUAAGGCAGUGUGUAAGGUAUCCAGAACCCGAACAGCAUAUUCCUCUAGUGGUGGCGCACAUAGCAGUAAUAUAGAAUCUGGUGAUGUUUAUGGGGAUGGAUUCAUUCCAAUUGGUGACGCAUACAAACGGAUUAAACAGCAUAUGACUGAGGUUCCCUCGAGCAGCAAGUUAAUGCUGGACAAAUUAUGUGUGCGGGGAAGAUGCGUCGAGUUGAAAAGUGUAGAUGAAGUUAUCCGACAAAUGGAUCGGAAUCUAUACAGGUGA